GAAGUUGGGAGAACAGGAGGAGGAGCAUGGCGGUCGCGAAGGACAUGUCGAAAGAGGUUCCACCGGGGGACCCGGCCGGCCGACAGAGCGGGCUCGAGGCCCAGACCGGAGAUCUAGGCGUUUCUCGAGCACAUGAGGCAGUCGCCAAGGUCAGAGCAGAGGUCGAUAAGCUGUCUGAGAAGGUUGCCUCGUUGGAGACGGACCUUCGCAGCGGAAGCUGGGUCGACGACAAGGAACUCGUUGCCUUGACAGAGAUGCUCAUGGUGCAGUUGCUCGAAUUGGACGCGACCGAGGCUGAUGGAGAAGCAAGAGUCGAAAGGAGAGUCGAGGUAUGUCGAGUCCAGAGCAUUGUGGAAACACUUGACAGGCUAAAGGCGAGAAACUCCGACCCUUUGAGUGGAACCAGAAAUGCUACAGCGGCCGACACCAAGAGCGAGCAGAUCAAGUCACAAAUCGGCGUCGUAAAUGCCCAAGGCAGCUUGCAAUCUUCUACAAGAAUCACUCUGGACUGGGAAUUGUUCGACUAAGUGACUGAUCGGCCAGUAUAUAUCUACGUGCCAAGUGAAAGAAAAUCGAGCACAACAUACCGGGGUUUAGAUUAUGCUUUUGGUCUCUAAAGUCGCUUCAUCUUAUCUUCCUCAAGUGGGGCCGAGUCGCUUCCCUUUCGUCUGUAUUUUUUGUUCACAUGCAAAUCGAAGCGUCUUCCUUUUAUUUCGGUUAUUGAAAUGCAGCUGAACGUAUGGAUUAAUACAUUUGCUUCUUCGCACUAGGAAGUCCUGGAGGGAAUAAUGGAAUGACAUUCCUGUUCGAUAUUAUCAUGAAAAUUCUGACU